UUCGAACCGCAAUUCGUGGAUUUUCGCCAUGGCGACUAUUGAGGUGUGAGAUGGUGCGUUGUCUUGGUGGAACAAGACUUUCUUUUUUUGCAAAUGUGGCCGAUUUUUCGAAAUUUCUUCCUUUAGCUUGUCCAAUAAUGAUGCGUAGUAUGCUCCUGUCAUAGUUUUUCCUUUUUCAAGAUAGUCGAUAAAAAUAAUUCCAUGGCUGUCCCAAAAAACACUCGCCAUCACUUUCCCAGCCGAAUACACAGCUUUAGAUUUUUUUGGGACUGGUUCCCCCUUUUCAAUCCACUGUUUAGAUUAGUUUUUUGUUUCGGGCGUAUAAUGAUGAAUCCAAGUUUCGUCUACAGUUAUCAAUCGGCGCCAAAACUCGGUCUUAUUGCCUCUAAACUGAGCCAACAGAGCGCAGGAAAUGUUCAUGCGCGCACGUUUGUGGUCUAGCGUAAGCAAACGCGGCACCCAACGCGCGGACAGUUUUCUCAUGCCCAAAUCUUGGUUUAAUAUGUGACAAACAGUUUCUUUUGACAUCUUCAUAAUCUCAGCUAUUUCCCUAACUUUAAUCCGGCGGUCGUCUAGUACCAAUUGAUGAACUUUAGCGAUGUUAUCGUUAGUGGUUACAGUUUUUGGGCGCCCAGGAAGUUCAUCAUCUUCCAAGCUCCUGCGACCACGUUUAAAUUCAGCUGCCCAAAAUUUUACGGUGGUAAACGAUGGUGCAGAGUCAUCAUACACAGAGUCCAACUCAUCUUUGAUUUAUGAAGGCGUAUUGCCUUUCAAAAAUAAAAAUUUAAUUACAGCUCGAUAUUCAAUUUUUUCCAUUUUGGGGAAAUCACCGAAAUAGACUCACAAAAACGACUGUCAACAGAUAAUUGCGCAAGAUAAAUUUCUGAAAUUUUGGCGAGUAGCUAUUAUAAUAUGCACAAUUUGAAAUAGAAACUUUUUUUUCAGAUGUGCCGCUAGCUUCACGUUGAGGUCGGUUAUUUAUCGGACAGCCCUCGUAUACUUCCUGAUCAUUUUUUAGAAUUAAUAUUCAAAAUUGUUGUUAGUAAUUAAAUUGUUACACUUCGUACACAUGUAUGAAUUUAACGUAUAAAUAAAAAAAUAAAUCUGUUAAGUGAGCGUGCACUUGGUUGUUGUGGGAACAGUGGCAUUUUUAAACAAAAUUCAUAUGAUACUUUGAAUAUUUCAAACUUAAAAACAAAACUUUGAAUCUAAAAAUUCUGUAGCACAACUACGAAAGAAAAAAAAUAAUUAAUUUAUACCCAAUAUAAAUCAGAAUAACAAUUUCAAAUAUUGUAGAGAAUAACGAUUAAAUAAAAAUGUUUCGAAGUAGACAUCAGAAAGGUUGUUUUUCUGUGUUUUACAGCUUAGGUAGCAGUCCGUUACAAUUUUGGUCUACGCAUAUCCAAAACGGUUAUGUUAAAAGGGUUGUAGAUGAGGAUGUUAAAUCUAUUGUGAUGGAGAUUAUGGGUUCAAAUGUAUCAACCACAUAUAUAACGGGGCCCCGAGAUCCCAAAAUGUCCUUCGGUAUCAAACUACCUUUUUUAGUAUUGCUCAUAAAGAAUCUACAUAAAUAUUUUACUUUUGAGGUUAAAAUUUUAGAUGAUCAACGGUUUAUGCGUCGUUUUCGAGUUUCGAAUUUUCAAAGCAAAACAUCUGUAAAGCCCUUUUGCACGGCUAUGCCAAUGGGUAUGUCCCCAGGUUGGAAUCAAAUUCAUUUCAACUUAGCGGACUUCACACGCCGUGCCUAUGGCACCAACUACAUGGAAACCGUUCGUCUACAAAUACAUGCCAAUGUACGCAUAAGGCGCAUAUAUUUUACUGAUCGCUUAUAUUCGGAAGAAGAUCUACCGAAUGAGUUUCGUUUGGUUUCGAAACCUGCUGAAAAGAAAAAGCAUCGUGAUUACACAAUUCCCGCAGCACGGCCUCCAUCCCCAGCGAAAUCAGCGGCUACAACUGAGCGACUUGGUUCUCCUACUGGCGAGCCUUCAGUCGCUGAACCUUCAGAAGUACCUACUGAAAUGGAUAUUGAAAAAUAUUACUAAAAGUAUAAUUUGGUAAAAUUCUGUUUGCUUUUUAUCAUAGUAUACGCAUAUAUCCAUAAACAAAAUUAUAGUAAACACAACUUUA